AUGGUUCGCUCAACUACAAUCUUCCGCGUCAGCGACGGCCUCCCCCUCGCCGCGAGCGUCGACGACGAGACGACCGAGAAGGCCCUCACAGAGUACAAGCAGCAGAGCAAGCUCGUCUUCCGGCGCCUCACGCCCAACUCUGAGCCUGCGUGCUCGAUCGAGAGCGGUGACUAUACGCUGCACUACCUCAUCGUCGGACCAGUCAUAUACAUGUGCAUCUGCGAGGGAUCUUACCCGCGCAAGUUGGCGUUUAGCUACCUCGACGAGUUGAGCAAGGAAUUCUCGCGCUCGUAUGGCGACAAGGUUGAGAGUGUGACUCGGCCGUAUGCGUUUAUGGGCUUUGACACGUUUAUCUCAAAGACGACACGCCUGUACCGCGACUCGCGGAGCUUGACGCACGGCGGACAGGCAACAGGACCGACGACACAGCUUGACCAGCUCAACGAGAACUUGCGCGACGUGACCCGCAUCAUGACCAAGAACAUGGAGGACCUGCUGUGGCGCGGCGACAGCUUGGAUCGCAUGUCGCACCUGUCGACGUCGCUCCGGUCCGAGUCGGCAAAGUAUCGCAAGGCUGCGCGGCAGAUCAACAUUGACGCACUGAUCCGCAAAUGGGCGCCAGUGGGUGGUAUCGCCUUCUUCUUCCUCCUGUUCAUCUGGUGGCGGUUCUGGUGA